CAUUACAUCCGGGCCAACGGCGAUGCACCACAUGCACCGCACUUCAGCCAAGCGUCCAGUUCCUCAAAUUGGGCGAAGCUAACCACAGAAUUGACCGAGCUCAAAACCACAAGACCAGUGUCCCGAUCAAGGCCGAAUUCGUAUCCUUGCAUUCUCAAAAUGGGCAACCACGACAUACAGAAAGUGGCGAUUGUCGGCGCCGGCAUCUUUGGCCUCUCGUUGGCCAUUUCUCUGUGUAAAAGAGGCCACAAUGUCACCGUGUUUGACCAGCAUCAAUAUGACAAGACUGGGUAUCAACCGUCAGACGACAACCCUCAGCUAGUUGCGUCUGUAGACCACAACAAGAUUUUUCGCGCGUCGUAUGGGACGAAGCUGCACUACCAGAGGCUCGCGCUCGAAAGUCGCGAGGCGUGGAUCGCGAUCAACAAGGAGCUACGUGACGCAGACGAUGGAGCUGAUGACCUCUUUGUCCCCUGCGGCAUGCUUCGUGUUCAGCCCACUGCCUCUCUCAGUCUGCUGGAGCAGGAGACCCUCGCCAACAUGACGCGCGACGGGCUGCGUGAUACGCAGUUUGUGGAGGGAAGCUCUGAAGAUCGUGAGCGCGCCGCUGAGCGUGGUUGGACGGAGAAGCUACUCGAGUUUCCGAUUCCCGACGAUUCAGACAGGCGCAGCUUUGAGGCUGUGCUGGACUCUCUGGCAGGCUUUACGCGCUGCCACAGGGGCUGCGCCUACUUUCACAGCGUCGCUGAAAAAGCGGGAGUGGUCUUCCGGUUUGGACCCCAGCAGGGUUGCUUUGACAGCUUGAUUGAGGAGCAGGUCAACGGUGGCAAGAGAGCGGUCGGACUAAGAACCAAGGACGGACAGGCUCACGAUGCCGAUGUGGUUGUCAUUGCAGCUGGCUCAUUUUCCACCCAGCUCCUUCCGGACCUCUCUUACCACCUAGAGUCCUCUGCUGGCAGCGUAGCGACGUUCAAGAUUGACAAAGCUGACGCGCAGCUCUGGGACAAGUACUCGCCGGAAAAGUUCCCCGUCAUCACCUGGAAAAGCGCACCAAGGGGUAAGGACGGCAGGGACACGGGCAGUGUGUACGUCUUGCCACGCACUCCGGAAGGUUUUGUGAAGAUUGGCUACCGAGGAGUCAAGUUUACCAACUUUCGCCCGGCUCCCGACGGAACGCCAUUCACACAGGACGGCAAAUGGUCUAUCCCCCUUCCUCCUUCGGAAUUCCAGUCGCUUCCUUCCUUCUCUGCAGACGCUAUCCGGGAGUUUGUGGCAAUCUUCCUGCCCGAGUUCAAAGAUGUGCCCUUUUACUCCACCAAGCUAUGCUGGUACACGGACUCGCUCGACAACUCGUUCUUGAUCGAUUACGUACCUACCUAUGCGGACAAGUCGGUGUUUGUAUGCUCGGGCGGCAGUGGACACGGGGCCAAGUUUAUGCCGGUCCUUGGCGAGCAUGCAGCAGAUGUAUUCGAGAACGGUGAUGCGAGCACCACUCCGAUGCGCCCCUUUUGGCGCUGGCGGGAGGACGUGCCGAGACGCAACGGACUUCAGGAGGGACCCGAUGGCCCGCGGAACAUUGGGGAAAAGACGGUGUAGCCUGCAUCCAGACAUUAUGAUGGAGUUCACGAUGAACAUCAACAGUUGCCAUGGAUCUGCUGCGAAAUUUUACCGCUUUUAUAACGAAGACUGAAUGUUAAACGCCACAUAUCAAUGUGAAGCCGAUCUGAACAUCAAAGAUAUCUCACAUUGUUUGUGUGCCCUCUACUAUGUAACUCUUCCAUCUAUUUUGGCCAUAUGAUCACGCAUCGUACACAGUCAUGUAAUACCUUCAUUGCGUGCUAAUCCACCUG